CGCCGGCAAGGGGGCAAAGAGGAAGCUUUAUCGAAGCCGGAGAGAAGUUGAAAUUACAGACAUCCUGCCAAAAUGAUUUCUUCAAAGCCCAGACUUGUUGUACCCUAUGGCCUCAAGACUCUGCUUGAGGGAGUUAGCAGAGCCAUUCUCAAAACCAAUCCAACAAACAUCACCCAGUUUGCAGCUGUUUAUUUUAAAGAACUCAUUGUAUUUAGAGAAGGGAAUUCGUCUCUGGAUAUAAAAGAUCUCAUUAAACAGUUUCACCAGAUGAAAGUAGAGAAAUGGGCAGAAGGAGUGACAGUGGAGAAGAGAGAAUGUAUCAAGGAACCCAUAAAAACACCUCCAGUUUCCUGCGAGCCUACACGGAUGGAGAAGUCCACAGACACGGAGGAGGACAAUGUAGCUGGACCACUAUUUAGCAACAAAACCACUCAGUUUCCAUCAGUUCAUGCUGAGGUACAGCCUGAGGAGACAAGUGAAGGAGCUUGGGGUCCUUGUGACAAACCAACUACUCCCAAGACGACCACCCCACCCACAUCACCACCUCCAGCGCCUGUCUCUGCCGAGUAUGCCUAUGUCCCGGCUGACCCAGCUCAGUUUGCUGCUCAGAUGUUAGGUAAUGUUCCAUGUACUUAUUCUGAAGUUUUAAUGGUGGACGUGGCAACAAGUACGCCUGCUGUUCCCCAGGACGUACUGAGUGCAGAGUUUGCUGAAGAAGUCGUGCUGUCUGCUCCUCUGGUGUGUUCUGGAGAGACGGUAGAAGUGCAGGUUGUGAGCCAAACAGCUGCGCAGGUAGUUGUGGGUCCUAUUUCUGAGGCUGAACCACCAAAGGCUUCCUCAGCCCCCUUGCAGGGUGAACAAGAACCUCCUGCUUAUGACGAAGCUCCUGACACUCAGGUUACAUCAGCCUGUCGUAUAUCAUCCAUAUAUAACGAUGUGCCUGUCAAUGAAGGAGUUGUCUAUGUUGAGCAGAUACCGGGAUACAUAGUCAUCCCUUUUACUGAUCAAGUUGCUUGUGUUAAAGAAAUUGAGCAGUCACCACCAGGUAGUCCCAAACCUGUAGAACCCAAGACUAAAAUAUCUAUAGAGUCUCUGAAAAAUGUACAGGUGGAGAAUUCCCAGCACAAGUCCUCAGUACAUAUGGAGGCAGAAGCUACAGUUCUGCUCUCCAACAGUGCCUUAGAUGGUCAGCCCGAGGUACCUGCAGAACCCCUGGAUGCAGAGGGCUUUCUCAAAGUAGCCUCUGAAAAUUCUCUGCACCUUGAAGUGGAGACCGUUACCAUAAACCCUGAUGAUCCUGGCCAGGAGGAGUCAGGGGGGAACGCUGCACCCCAUUCAUCUGGUGACCCCUUCCCUCCUGCGCCAGGAGGCCUUACUGAACCAGAAAUGCAAGCAGAUGGGGAAGCUGCACUUCAACAGGUUUGAUGAAGUCAGCACUAGCAACAAGCGAAGCAGGACAACCACCACCAUAUUCUAAUAUGUGGACACUUUAUUGUCUAACUGAUAUGAAUCAACAAAGUC